AAUGUACCCCGUCUGCGCAUGGGCGGAGUAACUGCCGCUGUGCGCUGUUAUUAUUGUAAGAGUAAUUUCUUCUCUUUUUUUUUUUUAACGAAAAUGGCGUCCAGUCAGGGAGGUGUGGGAGCUGUCACGGCUCUGCAAAGCCAUCACUACUCUAGCGGACCUCCCUGGAGCCCGAGCAUCAGCCAGUUCCAGCACCAGCAGCAGCACCACACGGCCCGCAGCCUGGACCGGGCUCUGGAGGAUGGCGCGUGCUCGGGGCUACUGAACCUGAGCGGCAGGAAGCUGAGGGAGUACCCGGGGCUGAGCUACGAUCUGACCGAUACGACACAAGCAGAUUUGUCCAAGAAUCGCCUCACGGAAAUCCCCCCUGAAGUGUGUCUGUUCGCCCCGCUCGAGUCGCUCAACCUCUACCACAACUGCAUCAAGUGCAUCCCAGAAGCCAUUAUCAAUCUGCAGAUGCUGACUUAUCUUGAUAUCAGCCGAAAUCUCCUGUCAGUUUUGCCAAAAUACUUGUUCAGCCUCCCCCUCAAAGUUCUGCUGGUGAGCAACAACAAACUCGUGUCCAUCCCCGAGGACAUCGGCAGGGCCAAAGAGUUGAUGGAACUGGACCUGAGCUGUAAUGAGAUCAGGGUGCUGCCAGCACAGGUGGGAAGGCUUCACGCCUUACGAGAACUCAACAUCAGGAAGAAUUGUCUUCACAUGCUGCCUGAGGAGUUGGCUGACCUGCCCCUCAUCCAACUUGACUUUUCCUGCAAUAAGAUCACAGAGAUUCCUCCAGGUUACAGGAAACUCAGGCAGCUGCAGCACAUCAUCCUAGAUAACAACCCUAUGCAGUCUCCACCUGCACAGAUUUGUCUCAAGGGCAAAGUGCACAUAUUCAAGUUCCUGAACAUCCAGGCAUGUAGGAUGGACAAGAAGCCGGACACCCUGGACCUCCCCUCCCUCGGCAAACGUUGCCUUCCACAGCCGCUUACAGAUAGCAUGGAAGAUUUUUAUCCCAGUAAGAACCACGGGCCUGACUCUGGAAUUGGAAGUGACAAUGGUGACAAGAGGCUGUCUACAACUGAGCCUUCAGACGAUGACACUGUCAGCCUGCACUCUCAGGUUUCAGAGACAGCCCGUGCUGAUGCCCUCUCUCUUCUCUCUAAAAUGGAUUCUUGCAAAGAUCAGGAUCUCUAUGACUUUAUAGACCCCAACCCGGACGAGGAUCCUGCUCUGUCAGAGUGUGACGGGCAGCAGAGCAGUGUGUCUUGUAUCAAGGAACUGGAGAAAGUUCUUAAUAUGUCUCACCAAAGCAAAGAUAAAGACGGCUGGAAAGAGGAGUCAGGCUCUGACAAGGAGCAGCUAGUUGAGGAAGAGGAUGACGAGCUGAAGGAAGUGCUGGAUCUGAGGAAGAUUGCUGUUCAGCUUUUGCAGCAGGAGCAGCAGAACAGACGACGGUCCUUGAUUUGCAGAGCGGAGAGUCUUAUUCACCGACGGAGAGUGACUGGCCGCGCACACAGAUUCCUUAGUUACUCUGGAAGCUCAGGCAGCAAACCAAGGCCCCCUCCACAGACCGCUCGCAGUGCUUCUCUGGAUGAAGGAAGUAGUGGGGCAUCAGUGCUGAGUGGUCAGCCGUCUUCCUCCUGCUCAUUUGAUGGCAGCCUGAAGUCAGAUCAGUCAGAUUCGGAGCCGAAAUGGCCCGAAAUCCCACCGGUGCUCAAUCAGAAUGAAGAUCGCAGGAGGAACAAGUACCUGAGAAAAGAUUAUCUGAAGUACAAGUGUCAGAGUGCUCGGAAAAACUCCAGUGGGACCGACGACUGUGAGGAGGGUUUGCGCAACGCUGAAUUUAGCACCACUCUGACUGUGUUUGGACUAAAGCCCAGAUCAGCCUUCACCAAAGGAAGCCGCCAGGAGUACAGCUCGACAGACCCCAGCUUCACUAUGAGGAGGAAGAUGGAGCACUUGAGGGAGGAAAUCGAACAGAUAGGACUCCUACGGCAGAACAUUGAGUCUCGACUGAAGGUGUUGCUCCCAGACGAUGUUGGAGCUGCUCUGAUGGAUGGGGUUGUCCUUUGCCAUUUAGCCAAUCACAUUUGUCCUCGGUCUGUCGCCAGCAUCCAUGUGCCGUCUCCCGCAGUGCCAAAGCUUAGCAUGGCGAAAUGCCGCAGGAAUGUGGAGAACUUCUUGGACGCCUGUAAGAAGCUGGGUGUAACUCAGGACAAGCUGUGUCUGCCCCAUCACAUCCUAGAAGAGCGCGGCGUGGUGAAGGUGAGUCUGACUGUCCAGGCUCUGCUGGAUCUGCCCGCAUCGAAGCCCACACAACUGUCAGCUGUUUGACACGAGCCUGAAUGCUGCGUCCGACCCGCAGUCAUCCAGCCCACCCCUCUCCCUAGCCCGAUCCCGAACCCCAUAGCCAGGGACCAGAGAGCCCCUCGGGUGGGGGCAGGGACCCAGUGGCUUGUGGGUCUUUGGGAGUUUGCUUCUGCCUGACUGAAACAGGAGACCGGAGGGAGAAACACCUCGGUCUCUUUAUGUGAUGUCAGCCGCAACCACACUUCCUGCGCAUCACAUUUCCACUUGUAUCCUUGUUCCUAGUUACUGGGGUCGUCCUGUAUGUGUGUGGACUAGCAAUGUGACUGUGUGUUUCUUGAGCUGCACAGCUCGGACUCGCUGAGGAGAGACGUUACAGACGGUGGGUCUUUCGGAAGACCUGUUCGCCCCUCUCAACAGGCUCAGUGAUUAUUGAGCCUGCAAGUGCCAGUGCCGACAACAUUUCCGUGCUGCUGUUGGAGACAUCGGCAGUGAAGAGAUGACAGACACGUGACUCACUUCUUUACUAAAGAGUACAAUCCACUGACUGGCCUCAAGGGGUUCUUACACUCUUGAGUUUCUCUUCUUUUUGUGGAAUUUAUUCUUCCCAUGAAAAUUUAUUUUUGAAUUUGAUAGUUUUUUUUUUCAGGUCUCUGCUGUGUCUGCUUUUCAGCAGCCAAACCUGAUUCAUAAGUUGUGUUGACGUUUUGAUGGAGAACGCUAAAAGAAUGGGAUUUGAUGUUGUCGUGCUGGAAGUCAUGCAUCUGUAGACAUUCUGCCCGUUUUCCCUCAAACUCUGGUGUAGUUUCGUAAUAUUUAAUUAAACCACUGUACAAACCAAUACUUAAAAUGCUUUCUCAAUACAAACCUGCAUGCCAUGACAUUUGACCACUGUGAGAACAUGUGCUAGGCUGUGGCCAGAAGCACGACGGUCCUGUUUUGGAGCCCUUUUUUCAUUGAACAUGCAAGGUUAUUGUUAUUGAAAAUGAUUCUGUAUAACUUUUCUAAAGCUUUUAUACUUUCUUUCCAAUCAUUGCCAAUCAUCAAUUGCCAUUUUUUUUCAGAGCUUGUGUUUGCAAUGUUAGACACAAAGCAGUUAGAAUUUGAUUCCUUUGCACCACCUCUGAUGAAACAUGUUCACACUGUAUGUGUUUGUGAGUGGAGGCGAAAGGAGCAGUCACUCCUGCAGACCUUCUGCACAUGGCACGCUCUUAUCUUACUGCCACCCUUCUGUAUGUGGCUUCUGAUACAACUCAUUAUUUCAGGGAAAUAAAAUUAUUUAUGUAUUUAUUCAUUUUGGUUUCUAUUUACGGUAUAUGUUAUUGCUUUGUGUGUCUUCACCCUGACUGCCAGUUCAGGUGUGGUGCAUCUGAACAUUUAGAUCUCGGGGUGUGUUUCCUGUGUGUUUAACUUAAUAACUCUGUGAAUCAUCUGCAUAACACAUAACGGCAUAGUGUGACAUCUGUAACACGUGUAUUUAAAACGUGACAAUCACUCUGUGUGGGAGUUGAUAAACCAUCCUUUGUCAGUAGAGCUGACAGCAUAAGACGUACCUGCAUACCUGUUCACAAAGACGACUUUAGAGGUGUUCUAAACUGAAAAUUCCUUACAGUGUUUGUCAUUUCCUCAUAAAGUUGUUAACUUUUUAUGUGUUAAAUAUGUUAUUAGUUUCUUAUUUAAGGGUUAUUAUUUCUGCAGAGCAAUAUCAAUCUUCUUGUCAGGUUACUGUUAGUCCCGGCCUCUGCGGUGUACCUGAGGACUUGUAUUGACCGCUAUCCUUGACACAUUGGUCAUUCAAUUAAAUGACCUGUGGCUAUUACAAAGGCUUUGCUAGUUAAGCUAUAGUGGCCUGUAUUUAACACAAAACCCCAUGUUUAAAACAGAAACAAGUAGGCAAGGCGGUUAAUAUCUAGUGAUCAUGAUGCAAAAAUUGCUUAAACAGUGUAUUGUUUUGUAGCUGAAACAUCUUGGAGGACAACAGUCCUUAAAGCCACUUCAACACCCGGAAAGUUCUCAAACAUCAUGUUAAACCGCAUUGAAACAUCUAAAAACAGGACGUAUUGUGCCUUAAAUGGGAAAAUUCAUUGUUUUUUCUGCAGUCUUAUGUAAUUACAAUAUUGAGUUAUAGUUUUCCUCCCUGUCCUUGUUUUUUUUCAGAGGAUGCUUUAGAUUUUGGCAUGACAAGCAUGAGUCGGCUCUUUUUGCUUUCCAGCUUUAAAUGCAAUACUUAAGGAAGACACAGAGAUGCAAAACAAUACAGGGCAUCCAGUUUAUUAGGCCUCGGGUGUAAAAUACUCACAGAGUCUUAUGACACGCCUGUGUCUUAUACAGAAAGACACAAGCUGCCAAAAAUUGUAGCGCACAGCGCUAUGAUAGCAUUACAGACGCCGGCUGACGCUAUAGCUGAACAACAAGGCAUUAAAGUGUAUCGUUGUGUCUUCUCUAGAACUUCGUCUGUCCAUGGUGAAAUGCACUAACAUGCUUGGGCAUGGUAUAUCUCCCUACAUAGAAUUCAAAUGAAUGUCGUGCAGCUUUAUGUCCCUUGAGUUCUUCAGUUAAUCACACACAUGCAUAUGCUUGACUAAAAUGCAAAGGAAUCUCUCUUGUUGUGAUUGCUGUAGACAUAAAAUAUGACUUAUGUAAGUGUGGGGCCUCACCCUCCUUCCUUUGAUGCGUAUAUAUGUAGUUUGCACUGUAAAAGGUGAGAUGACUCAUUCAACGUCUGUCAGCUAAGGUGGACAAAACACUGGUGCCUUGCUCUUGUUUUUACCUUUAUACGCUACCGUAUGUCCAGCUGCCCUUUCAUUGUUUUACUGUAAAUUAACCAAGUGCCAAAUCACGAGGAUAUCCUCCGAUUGCAAGCUUUAGUGUUUCAGCAAAAAGCCUCACCGCUGUAGACAGAUAGUGGAUCUCACAGCAUGGAGACGGAGGUGUAUCCAGAUGGUUUGUGUUAUGAUUUGCAAAAACUGAACGUGAAAUACCACAUGCAGUGUGAGUGUAUGUUUGGCGGCCGUUGCUAAGUCUUUGUUUCAUGGAUUUGUUUACAUUAUUUCUAUCUAUCUAUCUAUUCAUAUCUUAAAACAGUGGUCCACAUGCCCAAAUGUACAUUGACACAGUUUAAGUUGGCUGUCAAGAAAUCAUUGCAAAAAUGCAGGUUCAGCCAAAGUUAAUAUGAGGGUUCAGCAGUCAAGCGAGUAUCUUCUAGCUUUACAGUCGUUAUAGUGUGAAAUUCUAUGAAAUUCUUUGUUGAACUGUGGCAGAGGAAUAGUAACACAAUGGGAAUCUUGUACUGAAAAGACUUAUCUUCAGAUGAUACCUGCUUGAUGAGUCUAUCUCAGAACUGCUGAAGCCUCAUAUUCGCUUUGGCUGAACGUCACAAAGUACUUUCCCACAGAAUCAGGGCUGGGGAUUUUGGCCUCCCAUCUUUUACACAGGAAACUCUUUAAAAGGAGAAUUCCUCAGGGCAGGGUGAACUGGAGGAAUGAUCGUAGCGACUGAAAUCUCUCACUGUUCAUAUGGGUAUGUGAGUAAGACAGACUUGAAACAAUUUGAACCUAUCCUUUAAAAUGUUUGCCCUGUUUGGAGGAGUCAUACAUCCUCUACUGAUCAAGAGUAAUAUCUGAAUGUGUGUGUUAUCAUCCAAUUUAACUCUUCUAUCCGGUUCUUUAUUAUUUGGUUCUUUUGUUGUACAGAUAAAAAGGGUUCGGGGCAGUUAUUUUAUGAGGCGUGGGAGCAAGUCAGCAUGUUUCUAAGUGAUACCCACUUUAAAGCACACCUGCAACACAACACAAUGAACAUUGACAAAUGUCUGCAACAUGGGAGACGUCAGUCUGGCGCACUGUAGAGGUGCUGUGAUAUUAUGUGGUUUGGUGAUAAGCCCACGUCACUUGUUUUUCUGCAUUAUUGCACUAACUACAUCUGUACCUGUAUUUUUUUUAUUUUAACACUUCAUCUUAUCAUCUCAUCCAAAGAAAACAGUGAAUCCGUGAGUCAUGUCUAAAUACCACACUGCCAAGAAAAUUCAAAUGUAUGUAUAUAAACGCUUUUUGUAUUUAAAAGUCAAAUGCAUGCAAGAAUACCGAGUGGCUGGAGCUCAACCUCUGUACAUAUCAUCUGUAUAAAGUCCAGGGAUUUCUUACAAAUAACAAAACAAACGUGGUCCAUGUCAAAUAAAGUCAAAUUCUUUGCAGCUCA